AUGGCAGGAACUCGGGAUUAUGAUCAUCUAUUCAAAUUACUUAUAAUUGGAGAUUCUGGAGUUGGAAAAAGCAGUCUUCUGUUACGGUUCGCUGAUAAUACUUUUUCUGAAAAUUAUAUCACCACAAUCGGUGUUGAUUUCAAAAUCCGUACAAUGGAUAUCAACGGACAGCGAGUCAAGUUGCAAAUUUGGGAUACUGCAGGCCAAGAACGAUUCCGAACGAUUACAUCAACUUACUAUCGCGGAACUCAUGGCGUCGUUGUUGUUUACGAUGUGACGAACGGUGAAUCCUUUGGGAACGUGAAACGAUGGCUUCAGGAGAUCGAGAACAACUGCGAUUCUGUGCAGAAAGUCCUUGUCGGUAACAAAUGCGAAGAAUCUGAUCGUCGAGUAGUUCUUGAGAGUGAUGCUCGCAACUACGCCCAGUCAAUGAAUAUUGCAUUCUUCGAAACUUCGGCCAAAGAAGACAAAAAUGUCGAGCCGAUGUUCACUUGCAUUACAAGUCUCGUCCUGACUGCAAAACUGGCGAACCCGUCGUCUGCAUCAAAAGAUCAGCAUCGUUCCGGUGGCGUUUCACUGAAAGACAACUCCGGUAACACCAAUCAAAAGAAGAAGUGCAAAUGUGGAUGA